AUGACUACAGCAGCAACAUUGUCGAUUGCAGAAACUUAUGCAGUUUCGAAUCCCUUUCCACUGAAACAAUAUGUUCCAUACCCAACAAGACGGUCAUUGCCCGCAGUUUGGAUGCGGUCAGGAACAUCCAAAGGCCUCUUCAUUCACCGAAGGGAUUUGCCCGAGAAAGUGGAACAGUGGGGACCUAUUUUGUUAUCAGCAAUGGGAUCAUCCAAUGCUGGCGGUCGACAGAUUGAUGGUAUUGGCGGAGCUACAUCGACAACUUCGAAAGUAGCAGUCAUUGCGAAGUCAACUCGACCGGGUAUCGAUGUGGACUAUACGUUCGUCCAAGUUGCCCCUGAUCAGGCGAAGGUUGAUAUAACAGGGAACUGUGGGAAUAUUGCAUCUGGAGUGGGCCCUUUUGCAUUAGAUGAAGGUCUUGUAGGAGCGAUCGCUGGCCAAAGUGAAAUCAAUGUCCGUAUUUUCAACACAAACACUCAACAAACGAUCGUGGAAACGGUCCAGCUAUCCCCGAGUGGAAAGUACAGAGAGGAUGGAACUUGCCACAUCCCCGGCGUUGAGGGCACCUCAAGUCCCCUCAAGGUCGCGUUUCUCAAUCCUGAAGGGAGUAUGACUGGGAAGAUGUUUCCAAGUAGCGCAACACAGGAGACUAUUAGCAUUGAUUCAAAGCAUUUGGGUACCAUUCAACUACGAGUCAGCCUUGUCGACGCGGCAAACCCAUUUGUACUCGUCGAUUCUAGCUCGUUAAAGGUGAACGGCCACCCAAUAAGACCAGAUGCAUUUGACGCCGAUUUCAUCUCCCUUGCCGAAGACAUUCGACAAGAAGGCGCAGUGCGGUUUGGCCUAGCUCCAGAUGUGGAGAGAGCAAGCAUUGUUCGAGGCACACCAAAAAUCGCAUUUCUAUCUCCACCCGCCGACGAAGGCUCGGACAUAGACGUGCUCGCAUUUUCAAUGGGUAAACCGCAUCCGAGUAUCCAAAUGACGGGUGCUGUGUGCAUUGGAGCUGCGAUGGCGAUUCACGGGACUGUCGCGUGGCAGUUGGCUAACGGACCGACGAGAAACAAUUCCCCCAAACAUGGAAUGGAGAUUGAGGGGCAGAGAAUUGCGAGCCCUAUCCCAGUACGGAUCAGACACCCUGCUGGUGUUAUGCAGACUGAAACAAUGUUGGGUCUGAAUGGAAACGGAGAUAUUCAUGUGAGACAAGUCGCAGUUUUAAGGACCGCACGUCGGUUGUUUGAGGGCAAUGUGUUCUAUAAGAUAUAA